AUGGAGGUGUUGUUCAACUUUAUGCAAUGGGUGUCUUCGUUCUCUCACAUUGAUGAAGAAUCUGGUAGCAAGAUGGACGUUCACAAUCUUGCUACUGUGAUGGCACCCAACAUCCUGCACUUGGGCAAGCGCGACGUACCGUUGGAUGAUAACUUGCUCGCUAUUGAGGCGGUGCACUCGCUCAUAGAAUUCAAUGAGUACAUGUGCGAGGUAAGUGCUCCGUUGACGUCUCAUUCACUGAACAAUGAAAGGCUAACAUUAUCUGUCCAGGUACCGGAAGACCUAGCUCUCAUCCUCAACGACUCGACGCUAUUCUCGGCCAGCGCCGACAUCACGACCAAGGAAAUCUUGAAACGAUAUGGCGAUCGGACAAAGGGGCCUUCAAGUACACCAGGAGAUGUAGCACCCNCGCCGCAAUCCACGACACCAAAGUCCCGUGAAAGCAGAGGUAGUGCGCCUGUUGUCACUCGUGUUGACACAGACGCCGAACAGGCCAACGCAUGGGGCAACGAAGCCAGUGUUCGUCAUGUGGCAGCGGAUAUGCCACCACAACCGCCCUUUGCCAUGCAUCCAAACAAGUCUUCCGAAAGCCAAGGCAGUCCCACCAGGAAUGGCAACCGCAACAGUGGAUACACUCCAAGGCCCAUGGGUGUGACAUAA